UCCAUCAACAUCGAUCACCUCAUCUUCCUCAUCAUGUUCAUCCUCAUCUUCACCAAAUGUUAUCAAUUCAAUUCCGGUUAUCAAAUCAUCAGAAUCAUCAUCAGUUCCUCAGGUAGUCAUCAUGAAUCCUUGUCUAGCUGGUUCGCAGCCAAUCAACACCAUGGGCAAAGGUGACAUGGAUGAAUCUCUAGUCUCCAAUGAGGCUAUUCCAACAACCAAAUACGAAGAGCUUUCCAAUCUUGUCCAGACCCGAUCAUCUGUACGUGAUAAACUUUACCGAUUAGUACAAAAUAUUUUCUUCCGUUUAGCCACUUUAAUCUUAAUCAUAAUCGAUUGUAUUCUAACGGUGGUUGAUCUUUCCCUUGGAAACAAAGAGGAAUCACUUCAGAGCUCCAUUGACACCGUUGUCUUAAUUUUCGCCAUCAUUUUUUGCAUUGAAGUUUGUCUUCGUAUCUACGCCAUCGGGGUGGAUCAUUUUUUCAUCGAUUGGUACAAUUGUGUUGAUUUCGUAAUUAUCAUAAUGAGCUUUAUGAUAACAUGUAUUUAUAUCAUCAUUCACAUGAGCAACAAUUUCGCUAAAUUGAUUAUAUUGGCUCGAUUAAUUCGAGUAAUGGUUCUGGUUCGAUUGUUUCGUGUUGUCACUGAACCUAAAAAUAUUCAGAAAGGUGUUCGCUUGGUUGUCUCUGAAAAUAAGCGACGAUAUCGAGGUGAUGGUUUCGAUCUUGAUUUAACUUAUAUUACACCUCGAGUAAUUGGAAUGUCCUUCCCAUCAUCUGGAUCUUGGGCUUUCUAUCGUAAUCAUAUUAAGGAUGUCGCUCGAUUCUUUGAUUCUAAACAUGGUCCUGAUAAUUUUAAGAUUUACAAUUUAUGUUCUGAGAAAAGUUAUGAUGUCAACUAUUUCCAUGGUAGAGUUGCACGUUAUCCAAUCGACGAUCAUAAUGUACCUACAUUGGAACAGAUGAUGAGAUUUGUCGAAGGUAAAGAAUGGCUUGGACAAGAUGAGAAGAACGUAAUUGCCGCUCAUUGUAAAGGUGGAAAGGGUCGGACUGGAACAAUGAUCUGCGCUUGGUUGAUUUACAAUGGACAUUUCGAUGAGUGUAAAGAGGUUCUAGAAUAUUUUGCCGAUAGACGGACUGAUACAUCGGUGGGGAAAAAGUACCAAGGAGUGGAAACACCAAGUCAAGCUCGUUACAUUGAAUAUUUCAGUCGUAUUAUCAAUCAAAUGAAUGGUAAACUACCGGUUGAAGGUAAAACUGUCAAUCUUAAGAGUAUCAGUAUUGAAGGUUUAUCAACGAUCGGUGCUGGUGAUGGUUCAGAUUUAAGUGCUUCCAUUAUGAUUGACAGAUCGGAAACGUUUAAUUUAGACUUUGGUACGGAAACUAAUUGCACCGCUUUCUAUAAUAAACCCGAAGAUAUACUCAUUAUUACACCGAAAAAUUGUCCAUCUUUAAAAGGUGAUGUUAGAAUUAAAUUUAAUUGUCGUUCGAAAAGUGUUCCUAGGGCAUAUGAAGAUUGUGCCUUCUAUUUUUGGUUUAAUUGUAAUUUUAUCGAAGGUAAUAGUUUAUCUUUAAUCCGUUCCGAUGUUGAUAAUCCUCAUAAAUCUAAAACAUGGAAAAUUUAUACAGAAAAAUUCAGAAUUAUUUGUAAUUUUGAUUGAGAAAAUUUUUCUAUUAUUACUAUUACUAUAUUCUAAUAAGAGAGAUUAAUUAAUUUAUUUUUUAAAAUUUCUCAAAAUGAGAAAUAAUCAAAUUUGUUUACUUCGCAAUAAAAUGAAAGAAAUUAAAAUUUUAA